UUGCCUUAGCAACCUGGCAAAUCACAACACUUCACCGCUCAAUAAUCUAUUUCAAGUUGCAAGAUGUCCAGCAGAAAUCCAUACCCAUUUCCUAGGAUCGAAAAUGAUGAGCAAUUUGUAGGAUUGAAAAAUGAGCCUCCUUUCAGCUGUCAGGAUACUAACUAUGCUGCUUGUACCGAACAAAACCCAUGGUCUAGACUCAAUGCAACCAAAACCCUUUCAAGUGAACGAAGAGAAGUGUAUCAUUAUGACCCACAGUCGCCUCGAGAUAGCCUUGAUUUUGUACUGAAGUGCCAGUAUGACCACCACCAACAAUUUAUGAAAAUGAAGGCAGACACUCUAGUGCAACCAGAGACCCUUGGAUUUGGCGACCGAAUUUUGACCAAUCGUCCCGUUAUUCCAGAGCCGGUUACGCUGACGUCAAAACCACUUGUGGAUUUUACUGAGCGUAAAAAGACUCAAAUACACAGUGCUAAAGGGCUAGCGAUUGAGAGCCAUCAUUCGGAAGCCACUAAUCGAGGAUACUCAAGGAAACACGAUGGAGGAUUUUACUCCACAUGACUGAUCUUGAUAACUAUUAACCUUCUCGUUUUUUCUUCGUUAUAAUUAUGUCAUUGGUGCAUGAGCAUCAAUAUUAUUAUUAUUGGUUUGAGCGC